UUCAAUGCUUCUGUUGGACUUACACAAGAAGACGGAGGAGAGGCGUGCCCCACUGAGAACUUGGGCCAAUGUAUGUCCACCAAAACAACGCUGCCAGCAGCGCCAGCAGCCGGAAGGAGAGGAGCCCAGAGGGUCCCACUGUAAGAGUGAGCCACAGCACAGAUGGGCAAAAAGAUUUCACACACAAAAUACAAAUGGUAAUGGAAGGCUCCAUAUGUUUGUCUCAGAUGGGUGUGCCGAGGAGGCUGUGCUGGUGUACCUGCAUGGCCUCCAGGGCCUUCACAGCCUGCGAGCACUGGUUCCUGGGCUGCUACGCUGUGAGAUUGAGCAGGCCAUGGUGAAGUUGGGCCUUAUCUAUGACAAGUCCUAUGCCUGGGACAUCUUUUCUGACAUGAUGCGAAGUCAACUGCGCUACACAUUCUCCAGCGCAGACCUCCCCCAACCUUUCACGCACAACACCCGUGCCAUCCUGGUAGACUGGCUCAUCCAGGUGCAUGACGUGUUCCACUUCUCAGAGGAGACCCUCUACCUAUCCAUACACCUCCUCAACCGUGCCCUCCGCCAGAUGAAGGUAUCCACUUCCAACCUGCAGCUCUUGGGUCUGGUUUGCCUCUUCCUAGCUGGCAAGAAGGAGGAGAGUCUUCUACCUGAGGUGUCAGAGCUGUGUUACCUCAUGGAGAACAGCUACACUAAGCGACAGCUGCUACGUAUGGAACGUCGUGUCCUCUGUGAGCUCAAAUUUGACCUGUCUCACUGCCCCCCUCUGCACUUCCUCCUACUCACAGCCUCUGUUGCCCGCUGUUGCGCCAAGGUGGUUUGCAUGGCCCGUUACCUGCUGGAGCUCUCUCUGCUGGAGGGCCAGUGCGUGGUGUUCCUGCCUGCCCAGUUGGCAGGUGCUUCCCUCUGUCUAGCCCGCAGGGUACUGCAAGAACCCCCCACCCCAGAAGGAGAGACUGCCUGGUGCAUUGCCUCCAGUAUAAACAUGGGCAGUGAAACCACCCUCUUGAAGAUCAUGCACAUCCAAGCAAGGGCUGCAGCCCGGGCCCAUAGCAGAGAAACGCGUGCCACCUUCAUCAAAUUCUCCACUGCAGAGACCAUGCAUGUCAGCAGCCACCCUGCUCUGCAGAGUGACCCCAGUCUGCUGGGGCUGCUCUCUGAACAUGCCUGACGCCGGCUAUUAUUUAAGGGAGAAAAGUUUAAAGGAUAAGACUUAAGUGUCAGGACUCGAUCAAGCCAUUAAAAUCCGUUCAUAAUGAACUUUUUCCUGGCCUGUUGAUGCAGGAGUACAUAAGGAUCCCUGAGGCACUGAGAAGGGAGUGAGGGAAAAAAUGGGUAAUGUUUAGUCAAACUGUGAUUGGCUGGACUGGGCACCUAAGCUUGGCUGGCUGGUAAUACAGAUGCAAACUCGGUAUGUUCUUAUUAGGCAGUUGAUUGUCAUGGAUGGGGUUGGUUGUAAUUUUUUUUUACCCUUGUCA